UUAAAUGGGUAGUUUAGUUGUUUCCAUAAAACUCCCACGUCGCCAUGCAAGAAUAAACAAACCGGAGUUAUUGACGGAAAAGAUGGACAAUUUUCACCAAACUGUAAACGUGCAAUUUAAACUGGGGUACCAAUAAUUUGCCUGGCGUAAAAAGGCCACGUCUGGCGCAGUGGUUUGUUGUUUAUCGCCUUUUUCUUCGCCGCUGUCUGUUUUCUAGAGAUUUCUGUCUCGCUAUUUAAACUACCGGCAAUCUAGUGUCUACUAGCAUUCCACGUUAGUACGUCUGGUUUUGUGGGUUAGGAUAAGGUUCGAGCCGUAUCUGUCAAGAGUCACUUGUCGACUAGAACCGUUCAACAUGCAGUUCUUGUAUGCGAUUGUUAUGCUUUUGGUUUUGGACGCAAAUGCAAAGAUAAUUGACACGAGCGAGCAUGUUGAAAAGCUAUCAGAAGCCAACAUUGAAUUCACGUUGAAUUUGUACAAGAAUCUGAUUGAGGGUGAUCCGAUGAAAAACGUUAUGUUCUCGCCCGUCAGUAUCUCUGCAGCACUCGCGAUGACGCAUUUAGGAGCGAAAGGCAAAACAGCAAAACAAAUAGACGACGCCUUUAUGUUCAGUAAAAUCGAAGACGGCAGAUUUCAUUCUGCUUUUGGUGAACUGCACGGAUUGCUUUUUGAUAAGGCGUCGGACAACGUCACCGUAAAAUCGUCCAAUCGGGUGUUCGCUGACAAGAAGAGGAAAGUUCUGGAAGAUUACAAAAACGCGCUGACUGUCUACGGUGCAAAACUCGAAAAUGUUGACUUCAAAACGCCAAGCAAUGCCGUGAAACAGAUCAACGACUGGGCAUCUGACGCUACAAAUGGAAAAAUAUCAAAUAUGCUGCAGGAUGACGCUGUGGACUCUAACACUGCCCUGAUCGUGGCAAACGCUGUUUACUUUCGCGGGGACUGGCACUCCAAGUUUAACGAAAUGCAGACUGAGCGAAGGGCAUUCUACGUUUCCCAUUACAAAAUCGUCGAAACACCGUUCAUGUUCCAAAGAGGUCAUUUCAAAUACGCGUACAUCAGCGAACUUACAUUACAAGUCCUUGAGAUGGAUUAUGCGGGGAAAGAUUACAGCAUGGUCCUCCUUAUGCCCGAAAACUUUGACCUUGCUAAGGUUGAAGCCAACUUGAACCACGCCAACCUUACAAAUUGGUUGUCCGCCCUCAAAUACAAGUCUGUUGAUCUCUCUGUCCCGAAGUUUAAGCUGGAAGAGACGCUGCAGUUGCAGGAGGUUCUUCCGAAGAUGGGUGUGACCGAUCUGUUUGACCGACAAGCGUGUGAUCUGACCGGCAUCUCGAAGAGCAAAGACCUUAAUGUGGACCAGAUUGUGCAUAAGACCGUUUUGGAGGUGGACGAGCAAGGCAGCGAAGCAGCUGCCACGACCACUGUUCGUAUACAAGCUCGUUCCUUGAACUCUCGCCCAAGCUUUGUGGCCGACCACCCUUUUCUGUGGGCGAUUCGGCACCGGCAGAGCGAGCUGCUUAUUUUCAUGGGACGCUUGUCACGACCGGAAGGCCCAUUGCUCGACCAUGAUGAAUUCUAAUCUACUUUUCCACUUUGAACCGGUUUCUACCGGUUUCUCAUUGUUCUUUUUCCGCACUUCUGCCUUGCUUGCCUUGAGUUUGCUAUUCACGUGUUUUUGCCACAUUCACUCGCCUGUAAUAAAACACAACGUAUAAGACGUUAUGAUGUGUAACAGGUCGAAGAAAACGGAGGAGCUGUACCCCAGGAGCGAGCAGACGCCAACCAAACACCAGCCCUUGAUCGUCCUGUCGUAUACGUUGACCACCCCUUCAUCAUAAUAGUGCGCGGUCGAGCUAACAAUGCUUUCCACCUCUUUGGCGCCUACAAGCGGCCAGCAGGAAAGAUCCGUUCCCACGACGAGCUAUAACAUCAAACACCGACCGUUACCAAUAUGCAGUAUUUCUGGACUCUUCUGCCAAUGCAUGGACUGUAUGCUUUUUCUAUCACGCUGUUUUGUACGAAAAUCCAACUUUGUUGGUGCCGAUUUUUAAAUAUACAGUAAUUGAUUUUGUUAGUCAUGUCGAAAUAACUGUUAGUAAAUUUACAACCAAUGCCCUGCUUUAGUAAUAAAUUACUGGCAAAUAUA